GUUGAACUCCGAUUGAAUUGCGCAACGUAAAAUGUUCCUAACGUCAAAAUCCACUAGCAAAGUCAACAAAUCAAAAAACGUAACAGCGAUAAGUUUUGUUUAAAAUGCCACGCAAAAGCCAUUCUUAUCCUCCGGUUCCUACAUUGAAGUCUCACGUUGUUCGAUAUUUAGUGGGCGAUGUGAAGGAAUUUAUUCGAUACAUUUUAGUUACCAAGGCCAGAAAACACAGAGCGCCUUGGCCCCUCGUUCCUUCUUUUAGGAUCGGAAGGGACAGCCAGGUAAGUCAAGGCAAGAGGAUAGGAGAGAAAAUGAUCCAUGAUGGCCGCCAUAGCAAAUCUUUACUCUUUUUUUCAAAGCACACCUGUUUAACUAACAGUCUAAUAUCGCAGUGAUUUAUUUUCAGUUGCAAUUUGUCCAGUUAUCAGUGCUGUCUCAGUGGGAGGAAGAUGUCUGUGGUGGAACAUCCUCAAUCUCACUGCCGGAACGGAACAGAAGAUGCAGUGAAAGAAAAGAACUGCACGGGAAGGCAAAGAAGGGUGUGACAUUUGGUGAUUGGUAAUCGGUUGCCAAAAGUCAAUUUGCGUAUGCAGUGCAAACUGGGCAGGCAUUCCUGUUUAGUGUGGAAACUCACCAUGACUAGCUGGCCAUCAGAAGUUUAUGGAAAUUUGCGCAUUCGAGACGAUACGCCUUUAAAUUGUUGGAAAAGGAUCGAGUAGAGUGGCAGUUUUCUCGCAACUGUUUGGCCAGAAAGCUAUUCCCAGGAAGCAGAAAUGACGCUUUAAUUACAAUUUAAUCAUUGAUGCCGCUGGAGGUUCUUCGUUGGCCAAACGCUUAGCUCUCAGUUAUUCGGAAAUCAAUCGUUUCUGAUUGUUUCGCUGAAAUACGUCGUCUUGUCAUCGUGGAUAGCUGACCAUGGCAAAAUGCAAGAGUCUUACUUUCUUAUUCUUCACAGUUGACAUCUAGCUCUUAUUGUUGCAGUUCCUUGGUUUUUGUUUUCCAAAUUUCAGGUUUUGCUUACAUCAGUUCACUUUUUGCUCUUGAAAACCAAAGUUUCUUGGUCGAGUCCUCUUCGUUUCAUCACUUUGAAAGAAGGCAGCGCUCACCGAAUUUCUUCGCCGCAACCAAAAAUGGAUCAGAUCGUUCAGAAGACAGGUACCAUCCAAUCAGGAACGUCGUUUAUACCUUCACUUGCUGGUAACUGGUGUGGUACCAUCCAGUUAGGAACGUCGUUUAUACCUUCAUUUGCUGAUAACUGGUGUCAAACGGUGAGCGAAAUUAACAAAACUGAUUUCGAGUGGAAUGUCCAGCUUCCCUAUCAAGAAUAUCCAAUUCCUUGUAUGAAAUCAUCUACAGUGUCAUCGGGAGAAUAUUGUUCGUGGAACCUUAGCCUCGGUGACGAUGAAUCAAACAUCAAUAUUUUGUUGGAUUUUAAAAGAGGCCCGCAAUAUUCCAAAAUUGUCCAUCGCUUACGAGUGCGUGUUGGAAUUGCAAGCAAGAAAGGCGACCUACUUUUCCCGAAAACGACCCUGAUUAACAUAUCAAAUAAUUCUCACAAUAUCCUGCAAAUCAGUAAAGAAAAAUUUUGGAAAUCCGACUGCUACGAAAAAGAUUGCAACUUUACCGUCUAUUGCGCUGUCAUAGUUUGGGUUUUGAAGGAAAACAAGUCGGACUCUUUGCCAAAAUCUACAUUAAAUACUUGUCAUAAUGAAUUACUUCAGACACAGCUAGAAGAACUAUUUAAAAACAAGUCGCUAAGUGACGUUAAGUUAAUCGUCGGAGGGCGAACAUUGCACGCCCACAAGAUCAUCCUAGCAGCAAGAAGCAAAGUGUUUGCCGCCAUGUUUGAGCAUGAAACAGCAGAAAAGUUGUCGAACCAAGUAGAUAUCCAGGACGUCGAUCCAGACUUGUUCCAAGAGGUACUCAUUUACAUCUAUUCCGGCCGGAUGUCUUCUGGAACUAUGGUCAAAAAGGCUGUCGGUGUUUUAGUGGUGGCGGAUAAGUAUUUUCUGGAUCAGUUGAAAGCCGAGUGCGAAACUCAUUUGAUGAAGAGGAUGACUGCCGACAACUGCGUGGAGUUGCUUGCACUUGCCGAUCAGCCUCAUCCAGCGGCGCAUUUGAAAAAGUAUGCGGUUGAUUUCCUCCUGCGUUCUCCUGCUCUUGUGAAGGCGACCGAUAGUUGGAAAAAGGCGAAACAAGAGAAACCCCUUUGGUUUUGUGAUUUGAUCGAAAUGCUAUUUGCCUGAUGCUGUUCGAUGACUAUCAUGAUGUAAGAAAACAUUGUCAGAUGAAAGUCAUCGAUAAGAAUUGAAUCGGUAUGUUCAAAAAUUGUUGGUUACAAUUGUGUUUUUUUUUUUUUUUUCGUAUUUUGCUAAAGUUGUGUUAGAGGAACAAGGAAAUUGAAAAAUAC